AAGCCUGGGAGUGGCAGGAAGGAGGAGAGGCAGAGGAGAAAGACGAAGAGGUCAAGCAGCUGUACGUGAAUCAGGAUUUCCCUGAGUAUUUACACAGCAUCCUUCCAUUUACGGCAGCAGUAUGGCUGAGGGCUCAGUGUCUCUGGCAGAGGUGGAGACCUCCUUCCAGAAGUUUGCAGUCCAUGGUGACACUAAGGCCACAGGGAAGGAGAUGAACGGCAAGAACUUCGCUAAGCUCUGCAAGGACUGCAACAUCAUCGACGGCAAGAACGUCACCACUACAGAUGUUGACAUUGUUUUCAGCAAAGUCAAGGCAAAGUCGGCUCGUGUAAUCACAUUUGAGCAGUUCAGCCAGGCCCUGACAGAGUUGGCUCCCAAACGAUUCAAAGGCAAAAGCAAAGACGAGUCGCUUCAGCAGCUCUAUGGUCUCAUUGUUGGUAAGGAGCCUGCCAACGUUGGAAUCACUAAAGUAGCAAAGGCAGCAGCAGUGGACAGACUGACCGAUACCACCAAAUACACUGGAGCGCACAAGGAGCGGUUCGACGAGUCAGGCAAAGGAAAAGGAAAGGCCGGACGCGAGGACAUCCCCGACAACAGUGGCUACGUGGGAGCUUACAAGGGCAGUGGCACUUAUGACCAAAAAGUGAAAGAAGCAUAAUUCUGACAGAGUAUGAAACCUUGUUUUAGUAACUUAAAUUAAGCGUGUUAAAAAGCAACAUGAUUAAAUUGGCUACUAUAUUUUUCAAGACAAAACUAAUGUUCUGCAUAAUGUCUCGUGGG